AUGGCCGCCACUGCUGGUCCAAUCGGCCAGCCAGACAUCGCCUACGCUCCCCGACUCGACAACUACCAGGCCCGAACAGCCCGUCGGAUCCAGACUGAAACGCUGCCACAAACGCUGCCAGAGGGAUUCCCGGACAAGUUGGACUCGGAUCUGGUGUGGGAUGGAAAUACGCUCGGCGAGUCUUAUGACUGGAAUUACCACCUAACAGCCGCGGACCUUGCGGAGGUUGACGCAGCCUUGAAGCACUUUCAGUCGCUGAACAAACCACUGGCGGAAAUCAACCAGGAGACCUUCCCCCUGCCGACCCUCCAUGCCACGCUACGAGGAAUCUCCCACGAGAUCCACAACGGCCAUGGCUUCAAGGUUGUGCGUGGCAUCCCGGUAGAUAAAUAUACACGCGAGCAAAACGUGAUCAUCUACACCGGUGUCUCAUCUCAUGUCGCGCCCAUCCGAGGCCGACAGGAUAAUACCUGGCAGGGCAAGCCGGCCGAUGUGAUCCUCGCCCACAUCAAAGACCUGAGUCGCAAGGUGGACGCAAAGCAUAUCGGGGCGCCUGUGUAUACGGCCGAAAAGCAGGUAUUUCACACCGACUCGGGGGAUGUGAUUGGGCUGUUUGCGUUGAGUGAGUCUGCAGAAGGGGGUGAGAGUUAUCUUGCUAGUGCUGGGAAGGUCUACAAUGAGCUUGCAGAGACAAGACCGGAUCUGAUUCAUACUCUGGCGGAGGACUGGGCGUUUGACGAAUUCAGCAAAGAAGGAGAUGCAUACCUCUCCCGCCCUCUCCUCUACCACUCCCCCGCAACAGACACCAGCCCAGCCCGCUUCAUCAUCCAAUAUGCCCGUCGCAACUUCACCGGCUACUGGGGCUAUCCGCGCUCCCCCAACAUUCCCCCCAUCACCGAAGCCCAAGCCGAAGCCCUGGACGCCCUGCACUUUCUCUCCGAGAAAUACGCCGUCGCGCUGGACUUUCACAAAGGCGAUAUCCAGUACGCGAAUAAUCUCAGCAUCUUUCAUGCGCGGGGGGCGUUUAGUGAUACGGAAGAGAAGCAACGCCAUCUUCUACGUCUUUGGCUUCGGGACCCUGAGUUUGAGUGGGAGAAGCAUCCGGCUUUGAAGGGAAGGUUUGAUCGUGUGUAUGCUGGGUUGGAGGUGGAAAAGUCGAUAUUUCCGCUUGAGGCUACGAUUCGAGGGCUGGAAGUAGGGACUUAG